GAAGGGUAUGUGGCCCGAUCCUCGAACAUCGACCUGGCCUACAUCUACGGCUACGGUUUCCCCCCCGCCAAGGGCGGCCCCAUGUUCUACGCCGAGAACUAUGCCGGGUUCAAGAAGAUCCUGGAGCGCGUGAAGUACUACAACGAACAGGCCAAGGAGCGCUUCACCAAGAACUCCAACUACUUGCCAGUUGACUAUUUCGAGCCCUCCAAGCUGUUGGAGGCCUGCGCGGCCAAGGAAGGCACUAAGGUGUUCCCCGGCCAGACGCUGAUUGACGUGGUGCUGGCCGACUUCCGCAAGAAGAGUUCUGCUCCUGGCCCGUUUGCAAAGCUUUGA